ACAGUGUACAAAACAACACUCCAACAAGACAGGGUGGUGCAUGCCUUUAAUCCGGGCACUCCUGUGACAGAGUAGACCCACCCAAGACUGGAAGACACAGAUUUUUCAUCUGGAACUGUAGGCAUGGAGGGAACACGCCUUUAAUCUGAGCCACGCCUUCUGAUAGAAUCCUAUAUCAGGACAUGGAAGAAGGAAGCAUUUGCUCCUUGGCUACAAAUCGUUGCUUGGCUAGCAAGUCCAUUCCUUCAUCUGCAAUAGAGCCUGCUUCUUCAGGAAUCUAGUGUUUCCUGGGACAAGAGGAGAAGUCAACUAAGACACACCUGGAGUUUGGGACCUUGCUGUCGCAGCCAGAUCAGGACCACAGCCUGUAGGCUGGGGCUGACUCAAUCACAUCCCAGAGCUUUAUAAACAACUGGAUCUCCACCUGGCUGUCAGACUUGCAGAAGUCCAGGGAAGUGAACACAGCUCUACCUACACACUCCAGAUUCUCUUUCACUCACCAGGACACAGCGAACCCCAGUUCCAAGACUCUGUAGAGCACACCCCAAGCUCCGGGAGGAAAAUGCAGAAAGAAGCAAGCCAAGGUCAAAGUUUGGGAAGCAUCGAAGAAUUGAAUGUGGGAAGGAGUGAGGAGGAGGCAGAACAAAAGCCCUCAGGUCAUUCCCGUAGCUCAUGGACCGACUCUGAAAUCAGGAUCUUCCUGCAGGAGUGGGAAGUAGUUGAACAGGAAGUGAGCCACACAAGCAACAAGAUUCACAAGAAGACCAAGUUUCUUUGUCAGCGCCUCUAUCAUCGGGGCCUGAAGAAGAGCUGGAAAAGCUGUUUCCACCUACUGCGGAACCUGCAUGAUCUGCACGAGACUCUCUGUAAUGAGAGACCAGGGAUUGAACCCUUGUUUUCUCCUUAUGCAGAGGCCCUGUACAAGAUCCUGGGCUCCAGCCCCCAGGGAAGCCAUGUCCCAGGUUCUCUCUCUGAUGGGGCUGGUGACCCCACGACCCCCGUGUACCCUCAGCCUCCCAGUUACCAGCCUUCGGAUUAUGGCAUCACGGUUCCUUCUGAGCAGCUUCAAGGGAAUCCGCUGCCAAUGAUGUCGCAGGAGGAUUCCCCGUUUCCCACGUGGGAGCCCUGGAAUCCCAGCUAUCCAUUGUCAGUUCCACACCUACUUCCUGGCUUUGUCCCAGGAGACGCCAACCUCCAGCAGCCAUGGUCAACCUGUGAUUUACACCAAGAUCCCCAAUGAAGAGAAGUGGGGAUUCCCUAUGUAUUCCCUGUAAACCUCAGGAUCAUGCAGUAUUGUGGACUUAGGCAUCUUUCUCUACCUCCUAAGAGAAGAAAAUGUGGAAUCAAACGAAGGUCCAUGAAGAACCCCCCCCCGUGCCUCAUCCUUGUUGUUUCAAUGGGGUCCAUAAGGAAAGAGGGGCAGUGGAUUGUUAUUUGAGGUUCAUUCCCUGGUCCCCUGCGACUUACCUCCUGUCUAUCUCCAUCUGACUUCCGCCAUGGAGUCUCCUCUCCCACAAGAGGAACCUGUGCCUCCAUAGACACCUGCUCACGCCUUCUUCUUUCUCUAACCCACUUGUUACAGAAUCCUUGUCCAGUGUUUCACAGUCCCAAAGUCUCUACCAUGCAAGCGGAAUGCCUGGAGCUACAGAUGGACCUGAGCAGCCAAGCAAUCACUUAGCAAGUACACAGACUUUGGUUCAUCUAUAGCAAUGAAAAAAAUAAUUGAGGAUCUAGUCUUACAUCGGACGUAUUUGUAAGAUAAUGAAGAAACAAAAACAAAGUGGUGGCUUGAGAUUGUGCUCCGUAUUGUCGCAGACUUCGCCAUUGGUUCACAGCUGGUGGCAGUAUUUGUUGAGAUCAGGGUGCCUUGGGCUUCUUGCAGGAAUUAGGUUACUAGUGCUAGUUACUAGUACUUUGAGGGUUCGAAGGCCCCCACUGGUCCUCUUGGUUGGGUGGUUGGUUAGUUGGUUGGUUGGUUGGUUGGUUUUAACAUGGCACUCAUUGCCUUAGCUCUCCACCUGUUGGUUCACUCACCCUUCCAUGGCCGCCAUUUGCUUGUUGUUCCCUCCGCCUUAUGUUCUGCUGGCCUAGACCAGGAAGCCAAAGAGGUUAGAGUGUCCACCAGGUAUAAGUAAUGAGCAAAGGACGUUUGCAUGUCUUAACCCAUCAUCGUAGUUCCUGUGGUAAAGGGAACAUCUCAGGAUAUGAAGGCAAAUUAAAGCACUUUCUUAUGGCUGGAAAUAAUCCUACCACAUAAGCAGAAUCUGAAAUAACAUUCAAGGGUUUUCUAAUUAACUGUAAUAUAGGAGUCAAAAUAGCCAUAUAUACCUGUUUGGCUAAAAAAUGAAGUAUUAAAAGAUUAGUUAAUAUCCAGGCCUGGAAUCCAUCCUGCACCAUUAGAUGAGCCAUCAAUACAUUACAUAAAUACCUUUGGAAUGGGAUUAUGUUGGACAAUUUAUUAAUCAUAAAUUGAGUUCAUAUAAGAAAAAUUCCAUAACUUACCCACUGAAAUAUAAUUUCUUAUUCUACAAAAAUCUACAAAUGAGAUGUAAAAAUACAUUGAGUUUGGUGAUGCUCUUAAAAAUGAUUGCUGGCUAAUGGUAAUGUAAUUGUUGACAUUGGGUCGUCCCCCCAUUUACUAAUUAAGCAAGAGUAAGGUAAGCAGUUAAUGUUUGAUGGCCCUUAUAGUCUAAAUAAAUCCAUUCCAAAGGUUUAUCCUUUUGUGCUAAAAUAGCUGUAGAAGCCAGGUGAGAGGGGGAAAUUGGUAAGUUUAAAGGAAGUGUCCACUGGAUACACAAAUGUCUCUUUUAGUCAGGAUUGAAAUGCCUAUAGUUCUUUUCUUGUCUCUUAAGAUACUAUGUAAAGACUGUCCAACGCAUUAGGUAUUCCUAAGGCGUACCUUAGGCAUUCCUAAGGUAGGAUGUAGCCAAUUAAUACUGCCUAAUAAUGUCUGAAAGUGUCAAGUGUUUUUAACUUGCCUUGUGUAAUGAACAUCUCAUUGUGCUUUUACAGUUGUUGUAGUUACUAGUUGCCCCAGAUAAUGCAGAGUCUGAUCUUUGUGCAUUUUCAGCUCAUUUUUACAUAGCCUAUCUGGAGUGAGUCCUGUCAUAUAUGGACUGUAGCUCUUCCUCUUUUGAAGGUGCCUAACAGGAUAACAGCCAUAAAAUAAAUAACAUAAGGCUGAGGCAAGGCCUGUCUCACAGGCUCUAAAACCUUCCCUGCAUGGCAUUAACACAGAGUAGGGGAGUUGACCUGCCUUGAGGUGAUUCAGUUCUUUCAUAUCAGAGCUCAGGUGCUUUAGGAUUGAGAAAGGAAAUAGAAAAUGCUGGGGCCCCUCAUCAUCGGGGUGAAUAUCUAUAGUUGAAAGCAGUCUGUUAAAUUCAAAACUAUUAAAGGCCAAGCUUUAAGAAUAGCUGUGGGUGUAAGUGAACCAGGCUGUAAAGUCCCCAUGGACCACAUGGUGGCAUUAAUAGUUCUCAAAUCAAUCAACAAUCUUCAUUUACCCAGAUUUCUUUUGAAUUACAUAACAAGGAGAAUUCCGGAGAGGAAAAGGAGGUUCUAUAUGCUCAUGUUCCAGCUAUUCUUAGACUAACUGCUGAAGAGCCUGUAACCUUUUCUUUUACAGGGGGCUAUUGGAUGUCCAGUAGCUUCUGGAUUUCCAUGCAGUUUUUACAUAUGGUAUUUUUCAGUGGCCUCUGAAUAACCCAAUCCAUGUUGAUGAUUUUGUCCUUGUGGCAAUAUUGGUUCAAUAAUCCCUAGUGAGUCUUUUCCAAUUUCUUUCCUUUUUGAUAUCCCAUACUUUGUAUUUGCCACUUCCCCUGUGAAGAAUGGGUGCCAUUAUAGGUACGAAUAUAGAUCUCUGCAUUAGUUUGUUGUAGAAUGUCUAUUCCCCAAAGAUUAAUCAGAACAUGAGAAACCUAAGGGUGUCAUUAGGCCUUCUGGACCUAUACAUUGUAAUUUUGUAGCACUUUGUUUAAUCUCAUUAGACCUCAUAGUUCCCAAUCCUACCAGUAUCGAAUUUCCCUCCAUAAUAGGACAUGUGGGCAGCCAUUCUUCUAUGGUUAUUUUAGAUGCAUCAGCCAUAGAAUUAAUCAAUACUGCAAAAUUUGUUCUCUCAUUUUUAGAAAAUAAUUAAAUUAUACUUCCUGAUCGAAGUUUCGCUUCAAACCUCUAUGCCCAGUCUCCUCCAUUCCCCUUCCCCCAUCCAGUCCUCCUCUGUUCCCGUUCAGAAAUGGGAGCGGCUUCCCAUGGGUAGCAAGUUGCAUUAAGGCUAGGCGCCGCCAUUCUCCUAUUAAGGCUAGAAGAGGAAAGCCAUAGGAGGAAAAGGGCCUCAAGGCAGGCACAGAAUUAGAAAUAGCUCCUGUUCCUGAUGUUAGGAGUUCCACAUGACGACCAAGCUAUAAAACUACAACAUAUACUCAGAGGGCCUAGGUCACGUAGGCUUCCUGGUUGGCAGUUCAGUCUCUGAGUCCCUAUGAGCCCAGGUUAGUUGAUUCUGUGGAUUUUCUUGUAGUAUUCUUGGCCCCCUCUGGCUCCUGCAGUCCUUCAUCCCCUGCUUCCAAAGGGUUCCCCAAGCUCUGCCUGAUGUUCAGCUGUGACUCUCUGUGUCUGUUUCUAUCAGUUGCUCUCCGAUGACAGUUGGGCUAGGCACUAGUCAAUGAGUAUAGCAGAAUAACAUUAAGAAUCAUUCUGUUGACUUUUUUUUUUUUUUUUUUUUUUUUUUUGGGCCAGGGAUGUUUGGUUCUCCUUUCCAGGCUUUGGAUCCUUGGCCCUGCAGGCGGUGUCAGGGGUAGGCUGCCUCUCAUGACAUGGAUCUCAAGCUGGACCCAUGAUUGGUUGUCCCUUCCCACAAUUUCUGCACCACUUUUACCCCAGCAUAUCUUGUAAACUUUUGUAGCUGGAUUGGUGUCCCACUCCCUCUGCUGGAAAGUCUUGUCUGGUUACAGGAGAUGGCUGGUUCAGGCUUCAUAUCCUCCAUUGCUAAGAGUCUUAGCUAGGGUCACCCUCAUAGAUUCCUGGGAGUUUCCAUUGCAUUAGGUUGCUAGCCCAUCCUAGAGAUGUUCCCUGGUUCUAGUUAUCUCUCCCAGUACUCUUUCCCUCCAACCUUCCCCCCACCUGAUCCUUCCUGUCCAAACCCCAUCCCCACCACCCAUUCAGUUCCCUCCCUCCAUCUAACCCUUCUCAGUGAGAUUUGUGCAUCCCCCCCACCCCUGGCCCCAGCCUUGAGCCCUCCUUGUUCCUUAGCUUCUUGGGUUCGUGGAUUGUAGCAUGCUUAUCUUUUACUUUAUCGCUUAUAUCUACUUAGAAGUGAGUAUAGACCAUAUUUGUCUUUCUGGGUCUGGGAUAUCUUACUCGGGAUGAUCUUUCCCACUUCUGUCCAUUUGUGUGCAAAUUUCCUGAUGUUGUUGGUUGGUUUUUUUUAAAGAACUAUCUUUUCCCACAUUUUUAUUAGAUAUUUUCUUCAUUUACAUUUCAUAUGCUAUCCCAAAAGUCCCCUAUACCCUCCCCCCGCCCUGCUCCCCUACCCACCCACUCCCACUUCUUGGCCCUGGCGUUCCCCUGUACUGGGACAUAUAAAGCUUGCUAGACCAAGGGGCCUCUCUUCCCAAUGAUGGCCGAUGAGGCCAUCUUCUGCUACAUAUGCAGCUAGAGACAGGAGCUCUGGGGAUACUGGUUAGUUCAUAUUGUUGUUCCACCUAAGGGUUGCAUACCCCUUCAGCUCUUAGGUACUUUCUCUAGCUCCUAUAUUGGGGGUCCUGUGUUCCAUCCUAUAGAUGACUGUGAGCAUCUACUUCUGUAUUUGCCAGGCACCGGCGAUGUUGUUGUUUUUUAACAGUUGAAUAAUACUCCAUUGUGUAAACAUACAUUUUCUUUAUCCAUUCUUUGGUUGAGGGGCAUCUAGGUUGUUUCUAGUGUCUAUUACAAAUAAAGCUACUAUAAAUGUAAUUGAGCAAGUGUUCUUGUGAUGUGGUUGAAAGUUCUUUGGAUAUAUACCAGAUGAUAUAGCUGGGUCUUGAGGUAGAUUGAUGUCCAAUUUUCUGAAUAAAAAAAAAUCACAUUGCUUUCUAA